CAUUAAUAACACUUAAUUACACUCAUCCACUUAGAAAAUUAUGAACCUUAAUAAGGGCAAUAACGGAUUGCACAUAUAAAUAGUUAAUCAUUGCAACUGAAGAAUCUUUUUAUUUUUCUAAACAAACUUGCGCAAAAAACAAUGGACUAUGUGUGGGAAAUUCACCCUAUAUUGGAAUAUCUGUUCAAAUCAAAUGUAGCGCUUUGGGUAUUAAAGGCAAGUGUUUUAGUUGCGGUGUUGUGAAGGAAACAUAAAAAAGUGAGGGGGACCAUUUUGAUCUGCAGUCCUUGGGAGGAGAGGAGAGUAGAAUCCAAAUAUGGCCUCCAAUUUUGUCUUAAGGUCUCUUAUGAUUCUUGGGUUUUUUUGCUUACAUUGUGUUUGUAAAAAUGAAGAAGAGCUUGCAGUUCUUCUGGAGUUAAAGGAUGGGCUGGACCCUGAAAAUGAGGUUCUUUAUUCUUGGAAGGCGUCUGAAGAUCCGUGUAGUGGAUCCUUUGUAGGGGUAGCUUGCAAUGAGCACAAUAUGGUAAACAACAUUUCUCUGCAAACCAGAAGCCUCACCGGGAAGUUGCUGCCUGUGGUGGCGAAGCUCGAGUCUUUGUCCGGCCUCUACUUGCAUUACAAUAACUUGACUGGGGAGAUUCCAAGGGAGAUUGGGAAUCUAAAGCACUUGACAGAUUUGUACCUCAAUGUCAAUGACUUCUGGGGGAACAUACCCCAAGAAAUAGGAAACCUCACUAGUUUGAAAGUGUUGCAGCUUAGUUCUAAUCAGUUAACAGGAGGAAUACCUGAUGAGAUAGGGGCAUUGAAUAAUGUGGAGGUUCUAGGAUUGGAAUAUAACCUCUUGACUGGACAAAUCCCUUCAAACUUGGGGAAAAACCAGUCAAUGCUAAAACAGGUUUUUCUUGCCUUCAAUCACCUCACUGGUGCCAUUCCUGAUGCAUUGCCUAGUGCUCCCAAACUGGAGUCUCUUGAUGUUCAAAGUAACAAUCUUUCCGGAGCUGCCCCUUUGACUUUGAAUAGAUUCAAUGGCACGUUCCAUGGAGAGAAUAACUUGGGCUUAUGCGGUUAUGGAAUGCCAAAGCUGAGAGCUUGCACAGCUUGGGAUAAUGCAGGCAUCAUUAUUGACCCAGUAGGAGGGUCUGGAUCUGGCAAUAAUACACCAGCCUCAGGUAGUGCUCCAAAGCCCGCCCCAGUGCCAUGCAACCAAAGUCAUUGUUCAAAUUCAUCAUCACCAUCAGCAUCACCAUUGAUAAUCUCUGAUGACUCCUCCUCCUCCUCCACCUCCGCCUCCAAAUUCCGAAAAUUUGGCAUUACUGUUGGGGCCGUAUCUCUUGUUGUUACUUUUUUCGUCAUUAUGGCAGUUGCCAUGUUUCUAUAUCUGAAGAAAGAAAAAUUCGAGGACUCAUCUAAUAAGCCUUAUUAUGAAGAUCAGCAGUCAAAAGAAUUGGGCGGUGGAAGAGUUCCAUCGACACGUUUGGCGAAUGUCGAGUAUUCAGGUCAAUUGGAGGCGGGGAUGAGCCCAAAAAGUGGUAGUUUGGUGGGGGAUGAUGAUAGUAGUUUAGUAGGGUUUAAGUGUUACAACUUGGAAGAGGUUGAAUCUGCAACUCAGCAUUUCUCAUAUAACAACUUGUUGGGAAAAAGCAAAUUUUCUGCUGUUUACAAAGGAAUACUAAAGGAUGGAUCUCCAGUAGCCAUCAAGAGCAUAAAUGUGACAGCUUGUAAGUCUGACCAGUCUGAGUUCAUGAAAGGGCUGAGUGUACUAAUGUCUCUCAAACACGAUAACCUUGUCGAGCUGAAGGGUUUCUGCUGCUCAAAAGCAAGAGGCGAAUACUUUUUGGUCUUUAAUUUUAUUUCUAAUGGUAAGUUGGCAUUGUACCUUGAUGGCCAAAAAGAGGAUAACAGCGGGCGAUUUCUCAACUGGCCUAAAAGAGUUUCUAUCAUCAAAGGCAUUGCUAGAGGUCUAGUGUAUCUGCACAAUGCAGAAGCAGCCAACAAAACUGUCAUGGUUCACCAGAACAUAUCAGUGGAGAAGAUCCUGCUUGAUGCAGAUUUCAACCCACUGAUCUCAGAUUCAGGCCUUUUGAAGCUCUUUGCAGAUGACGUUGUCUAUUCUGCCAUCAAGGUCAGUGCGGGGCUUGGGUACAUGGCUCCAGAGUACAUCACCACUGGCCGCUUCACACAAAAGAGUGAUGUUUAUGCAUUUGGAGUCAUCAUUCUUCAAGUGCUAUCAGGGAAAUGUGUGCUGAUGAACUCAGCCAGACAGCUGGCAGAGUCUGGCAACGUUGCAGAUUUGAUCGAUCCUGUUCUGAAAGGAAGGUUCUUUGAAACUGAAGCUGCUAAGCUAAUCAAAGUUGCACUAAAUUGCACAGAUGAGAUUCCUGGACAACGGCCAUCCAUGGCUGAGGCUCUCGAUGAGCUCAACCGACCCUGCCCCUCCUCUGAUUGAUCAACAUUAUAUUGUCUUCGGCCGGUAUUGCUAUGCAUGGUGCCUUGAAGCCUUUUCAUUGAGUCACAAAGCUCUUACUCUCUUCUCACACUAAAGAUUUAUUACCACUUAUAAAUCGUUGUAAAUAAUCAAAGUGGUGCUAUACUUCGCUGCUAUGCAGAAUUUUCCUUUCUGACAUGUUACUUUUAUAGUUUAUACAGUAUAUCUAUGUCUCUUAGUUACUUCUAAACUGUAAUCAUGGCUCCAUCCAUUCUCUAUCUUAGCCUGAAUAUACACUUUGGUUUCACAUAUCAUCUCUAUAUUAGUUUUGAUGGGUAUAAUUAUCUGAUUAACCGACGGGUUCAAUGAAUCAGUUCAACACAGACCAAAAGUAAGGCUUUGGGUGACUAAGCAUAAGGAAAACUGUAGCUGGGAUUGAGACUACAAGGCACAAUGGUGAAGAACAUCUUACAGUUGUAUCCUUAAUUAUUUAUUAUUGUGCAAUUUGUAGUCUUGAUAAUCUUUAUUUUGUCUGGUAAUUAAUGAUUUACCUGGUGGGAGGUCUCUAUAUAUAUGCAGCUCUAACUUGAGGAAUGUAUCUUCAUUUUACUAUUACUUCUUUACUCAGACAUAAAAUAUUCUACCUAUCUAUUCUUACGGACGGCAUAUUCAUGUUUUUCUUAUUGUUGCUCUUAUUGUUACGUAGUAUAUAUUCAUUUGAAAUCA